CAAGUCCCACUGUGGCUACAGCCCUGACUGGUCCCUGGUGGAGACCAUCAACGAACUGCAGAUGGGUAAGGAGCAAACACACACAGACACACACACACACACUGUGGACACUGCUCCGACUGCAGAUGGAAAGGUGCCUCAAGGCUGGAGCGAUGACACACACAUUCUUUAUAUAAUUUCCCAGUUGAUUUUCUGAAAUGCCAAAAGGAUUACCAGCCACUGCAAUCCUCAUGUGGCUGUGGUCUGCUCUGAGCAGCAGAUGGGGAGGGGGGGGGGGGGGGGGGGGGGGGGGGGGGGGGGGGGGGGGGAACCACAACAGGGAUAAAAAGAUUGAACUCAAUUGCUUAGAAUAUGAGGCAGGGUAUUGAAAGCCAUUGACAUUCUGCAGCAGAGAGGGUUAGUGGCUGUUGAGAGGGGCUGUUAGUAAUAUGGACCACCCUCCCUCCUCUCCUGUGUCUGGUGGUGUGGUCUGCUGUCAUCAGAGAGGGUUGGUCGCCGUUGGGAGGGGCUGUUAGUAAUAUGGACCACCCUCCCUCCUCUCCUGUGUCUGGUGGUGUGGUCUGCUGUCAUCAGAGAGGGUUAGUCACCAUUGGGAGGGGCUGUUAGUAAUAUGGACCACCCUCCCUCCUCUCCUGUGUCUGGUGGUGUGGUCUGCUGUCAUCAGAGAGGGUUGGUCACCAUUGGGAGGGGCUGUUAGUAAUAUGGACCACCCUCCCUCCUCUCCUGUGUCUGGUGGUGUGGUCUGCUGUCAUCAGAGAGGGUUGGUCGCCGUUGGGAGGGGCUGUUAGUAAUAUGGACCACCCUCCCUCCUCUCCUGUGUCUGGUGGUGUGGUCUGCUGUCAUCAGAGAGAGUUGGUCGCCGUUGGGAGGGGCUGUUAGUAAUAUGGACCACCCUCCCUCCUCUCCUGUGUCUGGUGGUGUGGUCUGCUGUCAUCAGAGAGGGUUGGUCGCCGUUGGGAGGGGCUGUUAGUAAUAUGGACCACCCUCCCUCCUCUCCUGUGUCUGGUGGUGUGGUCUGCUGUCAUCAGAGAGGGUUGGUCACCGUUGGGAGGGGCUGUUAGUAAUAUGGACCACCCUCCCUCCUCUCCUGUGUCUGGUGGUGUGGUCUGCUGUCAUCAGAGAGGGUUGGUCGCCGUUGGGAGGGGCUGUUAGUAAUAUGUGGUCUACUGUCAUCACAGUGCAUCAGAGAGGGUUGGUCACCGUUGGGAGGGGCUGUUAGUAAUAUGGACCACCCUCCCUCCUCUCCUGUGUCUGGUGGUGUGGUCUGCUGUCAUCACAGUGCAGCAGAGAGAGUUGGUCACCGUUGGGAGGGGCUGUUAGUAAUAUGUGGUCUACUGUCAUCACAGUGCAGCAGAGAGAGUUGGUCGCCGUUGGGAGGGGCUGUUAGUAAUAUGUGGUCUACUGUCAUCACAGUGCAGCAGAGAGAGUUGGUCACCGUUGGGAGGGGCUGUUAGUAAUAUGGACCACCCUCCCUCCUCUCCUGUGUCUGGUGGUGUGGUCUGCUGUCAUCAGAGAGAGUUGGUCGCCGUUGGGAGGGGCUGUUAGUAAUAUGUGGUCUACUGUCAUCACAGUGCAGCAGAGAGGGUUGGUCGCCGUUGGGAGGGGCUGUUAGUAAUAUGUGGUCUACUGUCAUCACAGUGCAGCAGAGAGAGUUGGUCACCGUUGGGAGGGGCUGUUAGUAAUAUGUGGUCUACUGUCAUCACAGUGCAGCAGAGAGGGUUGGUCACCGUUGGGAGGGGCUGUUAGUAAUAUGUGGUCUACUGUCAUCACAGUGCAGCAGAGAGGGUUGGUCACCGUUGGGAGGGGCUGUUAGUAAUAUGUGGUCUACUGUCAUCACAGUGCAGCAGAGAGGGUUGGUCGCCGUUGGGAGGGGCUGUUAGUAAUAUGUGGUCUACUGUCAUCACAGUGCAGCAGAGAGGGUUGGUCGCCGUUGGGAGGGGCUGUUAGUAAUAUGUGGUCUACUGUCAUCACAGUGCAGCAGAGAGGGUUGGUCGCCGUUGGGAGGGGGCUGUUAGUAAUAUGGACCACCCUCCCUCCUCUCCUGUGUCUGGUGGUGUGGUCUGCUGUCAUCAGAGAGAGUUGGUCGCCGUUGGGAGGGGCUGUUAGUAAUAUGUGGUCUACUGUCAUCACAGUGCAGCAGAGAGGGUUGGUCGCCGUUGGGAGGGGCUGUUAGUAAUAUGUGGUCUACUGUCAUCACAGUGCAGCAGAGAGAGUUGGUCACCGUUGGGAGGGGCUGUUAGUAAUAUGUGGUCUACUGUCAUCACAGUGCAGCAGAGAGGUUUGGUCGCCGUUGGGAGGGGCUGUUAGUAAUAUGUGGUCUACUGUCAUCACAGUGCAGCAGAGAGGGUUGGUCGCCGUUGGGAGGGGCUGUUAGUAAUAUGUGGUCUACUGUCAUCACAGUGCAGCAGAGAGGGUUGGUCGCCGUUGGGAGGGGCUGUUAGUAAUAUGUGGGUCUACUGUCAUCACAGUGCAGCAGAGAGGGUUGGUCACCGUUGGGAGGGGCUGUUAGUAAUAUGUGGUCUACUGUCAUCACAGUGCAGCAGAGAGAGUUGGUCACCGUUGGGAGGGGCUGUUAGUAAUAUGUGGUCUACUGUCAUCACAGUGCAGCAGAAUGCAGCCUCACUGAACACACAGCUCUGCCUCAGUCUAUGUAGGUCCAGAGCGAUCAUGCAUGUGACCUAACCUAUAUCUCCAGGGCGUUCUCUGACUGGCCAAGCUGGGCCAGCCUCUUAACUCUAUUCAAUUCAAGGAGCUUUAUUGGCAUAGGAAACGUAUGUUAACAUUGCCAAAGCAAAUGAGUUAGAUAGUAAACAAAAGUGAAAUAAACAAUAAAUAUUAACAGUAAACAUUACACUCAGAAGUUCCAAAAGAAUAAAGACAUUUCAAAUGUCAUAUUAUGUAUAUAUACAGUGUUGUAACAAUGUGCAAAUAGUUAAAGUACAAAUGGGAAAAUAAAUCAACAUAAAUAUGGGUUGUAUUUACAAUGGUGUUUGUUCUUCACUGGUUGCCCUUUUCUUGUGGCAACAGGUCACAAAUCUUGCUACUGUGAUGGCACACUGUGGUAUUUCACCCAAUAGAUAUGGGAGUUGAUCAAAAUUGGAUUUGUUUUCAAGUUCUUUGUGGAUCUGUUUAAUCUGAGGGAAAAUAUGUGUCUCUAUGGUCUACAUUGUCUCUCUUCUCUAUCUUCUAUCUAUAUAUAUGUGUGUGUUCUGUCUAUAUGUAUUAUCUUAUUUCUGUCUUAUGUAUUCUUAUGUCUGUCUCUAUCUCUCUAUGUAAAUCUCUAUAUAUGUGUGUAUAUAUCUAUCUCUAUCUCUAGAUAUGUUAUGUCUCUAUCUGUGAGGUACUCUCUUAUAUUGUAGAUCUCUCGUAUGGAAUCAGAGUCUUCUUAAUAUCUAUAUAUUCUAUAUAUCUCUAUCUUCAUCUAUAUACCUAUCUCAUAUCUGUGUCUCUAUUCUCUCUCUAUCUAUUAUCUGUGUUCUAUAUCUAUUUCUCUGUGUCUGUUGUAUUAUCUCGUAUAGAGUCUCUCUGCAUAUACUCUCUUCAUCUGGUGUAUGUCGUUAUAUCUUGAUAUCUAAUCUAUAUGUGUGUAUGCUAUAUCGUUCUGGAGAGAAGAGAGAGAGAGAGGAAGAGGAGCGAGAGAGACGAGGGAGAAUUAGUCUCUCUCUAUCUACUCUCUCUCUCUGUGUACUUUCUCUCUUCUCUAUAUAGCUCUGUUAUCUAUAUCUCUCCUCUCUCUGUGUCUGUCUCUCUCCUCUUUCUUCUCUUCUCUCUUGUCUGUCUUCCUACUCUCUUCUCUCUAUCUCUCUCUUCUUCUUUUCUAUCUCUUCUAUCUCUUCUCUCUCUCUUCGUGUGUCUGUUCUCUAUCUCUCUAUCUCAUCUCUCUUGUUCUUUCUCUUAUCUUCUCUCUAUCUCUCUCUCUGUUUCUAUCUCUCUCUAUCUCUUUCUUGUUCGCUUCUCUCUCUCUCUCUUUCUAUUCUUCUCUCUCUCCUGUUGCUGUUGUCUAUCUUCUCUUCGCUCUCUCUCUAUGUUGUUGUCUCUCUUCUCUCCUCUCUGUAUUAUCUCUCUGUGUCUGUCUCUCUAUCUCUCUCUGUCUCUCUCUAUCUUCUCUCUCUCUCUCUCUCUCUCUCUUCUUAUUCUCUCUCUCUCUCUCCUCUCUCUCUCUUGGUGUCUGUUCUCUCUCUGUGUCUGUCUCUCUCUACUCUCUCUGUGUGUGUCUGUCUCUCUCUCUCUCUCUGUUCUCUCUCCUCUCUCUGUGUGUCUCUCCUCUCUCCUGCUCUCUCUCUCUCUCUCUCUCUCUCUCUCUCUCUCAUCUCUCUCCUUCUCUGUGUUGUUUCUCUCUAUCCUCUCUUGGUCUGUCUCUCUCUCUCUUCUGUAUGUCUCUCUCUCUCUCGUCUCUUUCGUGUCUGUCUCUCUCCUCUCUCUCUCUCUGUCUCGCUCUCUCUUUUCUCUCUUUUCUCUGUCUCUCUUCUCUGUCUCUCUCUCUCUCUCUCUCUCUCUCUCUCUCUCUCUCUCUCUCUCUCUCUCUCUCUCUCUCUCUCUCUGUGUGUCUGUCUCUCUCUCUCUCUGUCUCUCUCUCUCUCUCUCUGUGUCUGUCUCUCUCUCUCUCUGUCUCUCCUCUCUCUCUGUGUCUGUCUCUCCUCUCUCUGCGUGUCUCUCUCCUCUCUAAUAAUAUAAUAACAUCUCUAAAUAAUAAUAAUUGCCCGGUGCUGUCUAAAUCCACCAUUUUAGGCUGCCAACACUCAAGUCUCCAUGGCUUAAUGUUGAUGACAAUGGCUUCCACCCCUACAUACCAGGGUUCAAAUCCUACCUUUGGCAAAAUAAUUUAUCAGACCUGUUUACUGCUUUUCUUUAUUCAACCAUUUAUGAAUAUAAAUUAAAUUGACUGUUGGGUUUAAGGUUUAUUUAGUCUGGGACAAGGUAGCACGUCCAGUGAACAGGUCAGGGUUCCAUAGCCGCAGGCAGAACAGUUGAAACUGGAGCAGCAGCACGACCAGGUGGACUGGGGACAGCCAGGAGUCAUCAGGCCAGGUAGUCCUGAGGCAUGGUCCUAGAGCUCAGGUCCUCCGGUGGUGAUAAGUCUAUCUCUCCUUCUAACUUCCCUCCAGAGCGUAUCUUUGAGGACCAUGAGAACCUGGUGGACGGCCUUCUGAACUGGACCAGAGACAGCCAGAACAGACUGAUGUUCAUAGAACGCAUCGAGAAGUACGCCCUCUUCAAGAACCCACAGGUACGACAGACAACCACUGCAUUAUUGUUAUAGAGGCCUACUGACGUGGGUAGUUCUGACGUGGGUAGUUCUGACGUGGGUAGUUCUGACGUGAGUAGUUGUGACGUGGGUAGUUGUGACGUGGGUAGUUGUGACGUGGGUAGUUGUGAUGUGGGUAGUUCUGACGUGGGUAGUUGCAUUCCUGGAUGCUGAUUAGCUGAAACUGCAUUCCAACCAUUUGAAUAAUCAAUUCCCGAUAUACUACAGAUAAGCCUUCUCACCUGAGUUACAAUCAAUUGAUGCAGAUUAUACAAUUGAUGCAGAUUAUACAACAAUGCAGAUUAUACAACCAAUGCAGAUUAUACAAUUGAUGCAGAUUAUACAACCAAUGCAGAUUAUACAAUUGAUGCAGAUUAUACAACCAAUGCAGAAAUGCACUGACUGAGGCUGAGCUGCCUUAAAUAAAACGGUUUCACCAAAAUGGAUACCCACAGUAGUAUCAGUCAGCUACCCCCCCCCCCCCCCCCCCCCCCCCCCCCCCCCCUCCCCCCAGCGUGUCCUUCAGAUCCAGGUCAGUAUGUUGUAGAUGGUGAUGCUAUGAAUAAUAGAUUAGGAAUGAGACUGGGAGCUGGUGAGCAUGGCUGUGUCCUUGGUGAACAGUCGAUUUUAGUUUUACUGAAAGUGACUGUUCUCUAAUACGAUGUUAAAGGGAUAGUUCAGCUAAAUUCCAUAUUUAGAUAUUUGUUUCUUUACUGUGAAAGCAGUCUAUGAACAAAGACAGACUGCAAUACAUUUUUGGUUUUGUUCAACUUUACUGUCAUACCCUGAUUGACCUUUCCCUGCCUCCUUUCCCUCACCUGGAAAUUCACAGAACUAUUUGUUGGGGCGGAAGGAGACGUGUGAGAUGGCAGACCGGAACAAGGAGGCUCUACUAGAGGUAUGAUAUGCAGCCUCAUCACUCCUUCAUAACACCUCACCAGAACACCUCACCAGAACACCUCACCAGAACACCCAACGAGAUGACAAGUUAACUUAUUCAGGCAUUUCAGACUGUUAUGUUGUAACUGUUACCUUGCGUUAAUAUCUACUAUGGUGAUGCUGAGGUGUGUGUGUUAAUAUCUACUAUGGUGAUGCUGAGGUGUGUGUGUUAAUAUCUACUAUGGUGAUGCUGAGGUGUGUGUUAAUAUCUACUAUGGUAAUGCUGAGGUGUGCGUUAAUAUCUACUAUGGUGAUGCUGAGGUGUGUGUUAAUAUCUACUAUGGUGAUGCUGAGGUGUGUGUUAAUAUCUACUAUGGUGAUGCUGAGGUGUGUGUUAAUAUCUACUGUGGUGAUGCUGAGGUGUGUGUUAAUAUCUACUGUGGUGAUGCUGAGGUGUGUGUUAAUAUCUACUAUGGUGAUGCUGAGGUGUGUGUUAAUAUAUACUGUGGUGAUGCUGAGGUGUGUGUUAAUAUCUACUGUGGUGAUGCUGAGGUGUGUGUUAAUAUCUACUAUGGUGAUGCUGAGGUGUGCAUUAAUAUCUACUAUGGUGAUGCUGAGGUGUGUGUUAAUAUCUACUGUGGUGAUGCUGAUGUGUGCGUUAAUAUCUACUAUGGUGAUGCUGAGGUGUGUGUUAAUAUCUACUAUGGUGAUGCUGAGGUGUGCAUUAAUAUCUACUAUAGUGAUGCUGAGGUGUGUGUUAAUAUCUACUAUGGUGAUGCUGAGGUGUGUGUUAAUAUCUACUAUGGUGAUGCUGAAGUGUGUGUUAAUAUCUACUAUGGUGAUGCUGAGGUGUGUGUUAAUAUCUACUAUGGUGAUGCUGAGGUGUGUGUUAAUAUCUACUGUGGUGAUGCUGAGGUGUGUGUUAAUAUCUACUAUGGUGAUGCUGAGGUGUGCGUUAAUAUCUACUAUGGUGAUGCUGAGGUGUGUGUUAAUAUCUACUAUGGUGAUGCUGAGGUGUGCGUUAAUAUCUACUAUGGUGAUGCUGAGGUGUGUGUUAAUAUCUACUAUGGUGAUGCUGAGGUGUGUGUUAAUAUCUACUAUGGUGAUGCUGAGGUGUGUGUUAAUAUCUACUGUGGUGAUGCUGAGGUGUGUGUUAGUAUCUACUGUGGUGAUGCUGAGGUGUGUGUUAAUAUCUACUGUGGUGAUGCUGAGGUGUGUGCUCUCCUCGGCAGGAAUGUUUUUGUGGCAGCUCUGUCUCUGUGCCUGAGAUGGAGGGUGUACUCUGGCUGAAGGAGGAUGGGAGGAAGAGCUGGAAGAAGAGAUACUUCCUGCUCAGAGCCUCGGGGAUCUACUAUGUACCUAAAGGAAAGGCCAAGGUACGUCUCUGGAACACACUGAUGAUGAUGAUGAUAGUAGUAGUAGUAGUAGUAGCAGUAGUAGCAGUAGUAGUAGUAGUAGUAGUAGUAGUAGUAGUAGCAGUAGUAGUAGCAGUAGUAGUAGUAGUAGUAGUAGUAGCAGUAGUAGCAGUAGUAGUAGCAGUAGUAGUAGUAGUAGUAGUAGUAGCAGUAGCAGUAGUAGUAGUAGUAGUAGUAGUAGUAGCAGUAGCAGUAGUAGUAGCAGUAGUAGUAGUAGUAGUAAAAGUAGUAGUAGUAGUAGUAGUAUUUAGUCUUUAUUUUAUUUUUAUUUUAUUUUUUAUGACAUCAAUUGGCUCCCAAACGUCUCUUCAUUCAAAAUGCUGGAAAAUCAACCUAGAACCAUGAAAAAUUGCAAAUCUGUACUAUAAAGCCAAAACAGUAUUCACCAUCUUCAGAGAAUGAUUUUGUAAUUUAUUUGCAGAUAAUCAUUGUUUUGAGCUCAAAAGCAGUAGUAGCAGUAUGCAAAUCAGGGAGCCAAAUGAACGGCUCUUUCACCGUUGUGAUUCGCUUCCAAACGUUCAUCAAAAUGAGCUGUUCAGGGCUCCCGAGUGGCGCAGCGGUCUAAGGCACUGCAUCACAGUGCUUGAGGCGUCACUACAGACCCGGGUUCGAUCCCAGGCUGUCACAGCCGGCCGUGACCGGGAGACCCAUGAGGUGGCGCACAAUUGGCCCAGCGUCGUCCGGGUUAGGGGAGGGUUUGGCCGGCCGGGAUGUCCUUGUCCCAUCGCGCUCUAGCGACUCCUUGUGGCGGCCGGGCGCCUGCAAGCUGACUUUAGUCGCCAGUUGUACGGUGUUUCCUCCGACACAUUUGUGCGGCUGGCUUCCGGAUUAAGCGAGCAGUGUGUCAAGAAGCAGUGCGGCUUGGCAGGGUCGUGUUUCGGAGGACGCAUGGAUCUCGACUGAGUCCGUACGUUAGUUACAGCGAUGGGACAAGACUGUAACUAACAAUUGGAUAUCACGAAAUUGGGGAGGGGAAAAAAGGGGGCAAAAAAAAAACUGCCUCACCUUUCAAGAUUUAGAUAAUAAAGCGUUUGACCUUUCCAUUGUGUUAACAAUAGAGGAUUGGUUGAUUUUUCCAUUUAUUUCAAGAUGAUUGAGUAAAAGUAUCUUCCAACCCAUCGGGUCUCGGAACCCUGUCUACUACAUUUAUGUUGUAAUACGUCCAGCCAACAUUCUAACUCCGCCCAUAACUUCCGGACUUUAUAGCGUUCCCAGAAUGCAUGAGUUAUUGAGUCAUUAUUAGUUUUACACUUAAGACAUGACUCUGCCGUUGUGUUGUAGAAUUUGUGAAUUUCUUGUGUAAUCAAUUCUACACAUUAGUUUAUACUGGAUUAAUCGUACAUUUCUGUUAACUGUAAUUUCGUAAGUUAUGCUUCAACUUUCCCUCCUUGUGCCGACAUCAGUUAUUUUUAAGUCUCGGUUCCAAUAGUUUAUAUUUCUAAGAGGUUGUCAGUUGGAUCGGCUCUCUGCUCUCUGCAAGGUUUGGUAUAUCUUCCCUAUCAUAUGAACAUCAUUUUCUGACUCAAAUAAGAUUCCCUCAAGGUUGCUCUGAUGUCCAGAAGAAUUCAAAUCAAAAUUGCAGGUUUUCCUACUUACAAAGCAUGUAGAGGUCUGUAAUUUUAUCAUAGGUACACUUCAACUGUGAGAGACGGAAUCUAAAACAAAAAUCCAGAAAAUCACAUUGUAUGAUUUUUAAGUAAUUUGCAUUUUAUUGCAUGACAUAAGUAUUUGAUACAUCAGAAAAGCAGAACUUAAUAUUUGGUACAGAAACCUUUGUUUGCAAUUACAGAGAUCAUACGUUUGCUGUAGGUCUUGACCAGGUUUGCACACACUGCAGCAGGGAUUUUGGACCACUUCUAUAUACAGACCUUCUCCAGAUCCUUCAGGUUUCGGGGCUGUCGCUGGGCAAUACAGACUUUCAGCUCCCUCCAAAGAUUUUCUAUUGGGUUCAGGUCUGGAGACUGGCUAGGCCACUCCAGGACCUUGAGAUGCUUCUUACGGAGCCACUCCUUAGUUGCCCUGGCUGUGUGUUUCGGGUCGUUCUCAUGCUGGAAGACCCAGCCACAACCCAUCUUCAAUGCUCUUACUGAGGGAAGGAGGUUGUUGGCCAAGAUCUUGCGUGACAUGGCCCCAUCCAUCCUCCCCUCAAUACGGUGCAGUCGUCCUGUCCCCUUUGCAGAAAAGCAUCCCCAAAGAAUGAUGUUUCCACCUCCAUGCUUCACGGUUGGGAUGGUGUUCUUGGGGUUGUACUCAUCCUUCUUCUUCCUCCAAACACCGGUCGCGCAGUGGUCUAAGGCACUGCAUCGCAGUGCUAGCUGUGCCGCUCUAGAUCCUGGUUCGAAUCCAGGCUCUGUCGUAGCCGGCCGCGACCGGGAGACCCAUGGGGCUGCGCACAAUUGGCCCAGCGUCGCCCAUUUUGUCUCAUUAGACCACAUGACCUUCUCCCAUUCCUCCUCUGGAUCAUCCAGAUGGUCAUUGGCAAACUUCAGACGGGCCUGGACAUGCGCUGGCUUGAGCAGGGGGACCUUGCGUGCGCUGCAGGAUUUUAAUCCAUGACGGCGUAGUGUGUUACUAAUGGUUUUCUUUGAGACUGUGGUCCCAGCUCUCUUCAGGUCAUUGACCAGGUCCUGCCGUGUAGUUCUGGGGUGAUCCCUCACCUUCCUCAUGAUCAUUGAUGCCCCACGAGGUGAGAUCUUGCAUGGAGCCCCAGACCGAGGGUGAUUGACCGUCAUCUUGAACUUCUUCCGUUUUCUAAUAAUUGCGUCAACAGUUGUUGCCUUCUUACCAAGCUGCUUGCCUAUUGUCCUGUAGCCUAUCGCAGCCUUGUGCAGGUCUACAAUUUUAUCCCUGAUGUCCUUACACAGCUCUCUGGUCUUGGCCAUUGUGGAGAGGUUGGAGUCUGUUUGAUUGAGUGGGUUGACAGGUGUCUUUUAUACAGGUAACGAGUUCAAACAGGUGCAGUUAAUACAGGUAAUGAGUGGAGAACAGGAGGGCUUCUUAAAGAAAAACUAACAGGUCUGUGAGAGCCGGAAUUCUUACUGGUUGGUAGGUGAUCAAAUACUUAUGUCAUGCACUAAAAUGCAAAUUAAUUACUUAAAAAUCUGACAAUGUGAUAUUCUGGAUUUUUGUUUUAGAUUCCGUCUCUCACAGUUGAAGUGUACCUAUGAUAAAAAUUACAGACCUCUACAUGCUUUGUAAGUAGGAAAACCUGCAAAAUCGGCAGUGUAUCAAAUACUUGUUCUCCCCACUGUAUAUUCUAGAGCGUAACAUAAGGUAACCAGUCCAUCCCAUAAUAAUACAGUACACACUCAAAGGCAAUUACUAGAAUGUGUUUAAUUUUGGAGUAUAUGCUAGACCAAUUAUGUACCAAAGACAUCUUAAAUCAAUGUUUUAUGUUUUUCUGCUAUGCUUAGGCUAUGUAUUGUAUAACGGCACAAUCAAUUUAAUUCAGGUUUUUCUUUCGGGCUCAUAAGCCUAAUAGAGUGGCUUGCGAAAGUAUUCACCCCCUUGGCAUUUUUCCUAUUUUGUUGCCUUACAACCUGGAAUUAAAAUGGAUUUUUGCGGGGUUUCAAUCAUUUGAUUUACACAACAUGCCUACCACUUUGAAGAUGCUAAAUAAUUUUUUUUGUGAAACAAACAAGAAAUAAGACAAAAAAAACAGAACUUGAGCGUGCAUAACUAUUCACCUACCUACCCCCCACAGAUACUCCAAUCUCCGCUGUGGAGCUUUGCAGCUCCUUCAGGGUUAUCUUUGGUCUCUUUGUUGCCUCUCUGAUUAAUGCCCUCCUUGCCUGGUCCGUGAGUUUUGGUGGGCGGCCCUCUCUUGGCAGGUUUGUUGUGGUGCCAUAUUCUUUCCAUUUUUUAAUAAUGGAUUUAAUGGUGCUCCGUGAGAUGUUCAAAGUUUAGGAUAUUUUUUUAUAACCCAACCCUAAUCUGUACUUCUCCACAACUUUGUACCUGACCUGUUUGGAGAGCUCCUUGGUCUUCAUGGUGCCGCUUGCUUGGUGGUGUUGCAGACUCUGGGGCCUUUCAGAACAGGUGUAUACAAUUGAAGUCAAAAGUUUACAUACACCUUAGCCAAAUACAUUUCAACUCAGUUUUUCACAAUUCCUGACAUUUAAUCCUAGUAAAAAUGCCCCGUCUUAGGUCAGUUAGGAUCACCACUUUAUUUUAAGAAUGUGAAAUGUCAGAAUAAAAGUAGAGAGAAUUAUUUAUUUCAGCUUUUAUUUCUUUCAUCAUAUUCCCAGUGGGUCAGAAGUUUACAGACACUCAAUUAGUAUUUGGUAGCAUUGCCUUUAAAUUGUUUAACUUGGGUCAAACGUUUUGGGUAGCCUUCCACAAGCUUCCCACAAUAAGUUGGGUGAAUUUUGGCCCAUUCCUCCUGACAGAGCUGGUGGAAUUGAGUCAGGUUUGUAGGCCUCCUUGCUCGUACACGCUUUUUCAGUUUUGCCCACACAAUUUCUAUAGGAUUGAGGUCAGGGCUUUGUGAUGGCCACUCCAAUACAACUUUGUUGUCCUUAAGCCAAUUUGCCACAACUUUGGAAGUAUGCUUGGGGUCAUUGUCCAUUUGGAAGACCAAUUUGCGACCAAUCUUUAACUUCCUGACUGUAAAUUUUGCUUCAAUAUAUCCACAUAAUUUUCCUUCCUCAUGAUGCCAUCUAUUUUGUGAAGUGCACCAGUCCCUCCUGCAGCAAAGCACCCCCACAGCAUGAUGCUGCCACCCCCGUACUUCACGGUUGGGAUGGUGUUCUUUGGCUUGCAAGCAUUCCCCUUUUUCCUCCAAACAUAACGAUGGUCAUUAUGGCCAAACAGUUAUAUUUUUGUUUCAUCAGACUAGAGGACAUUUCUCCAAAAAGUACGAUCUUUGUCCGAUAUGCAGUUGCAAACCGUUGUCUUGCUUUUUUAUGGCGGUUUUGGAGCAGUGGCUUCUUCCUUGCUGAGCGGCCUUUCAGGUUAUGUCGAUAUAGGACUCGUUUUACUGUAGAUAUAGAUACUUUUGUACCUGUUUCCUCCAGCAUCUUCACAAGGUCCUUUGCUGUUGUUCUGGGAUUGAUUUGCACUUUUUGCACCAAAAUAUGUUCCUCUCUAGGAGACAGAACGCGUCUCCUUCCUGAGCGGUAUGACGGCUGCGUAGUCCCAUGGUGUUUAUACUUGCGUACUAUUGUUGGUGUUGCAGACUCUGGGGCCUUUCAGAACAGGUGUAUACAUACUGAGAUCAUGUGACCGAUCAUGUGACACCUAGAUUGCUCACAGGUGGACUUUAUGUAACUAAUUAUGUGACUUCUGGAGGUAAUUGGUUGCACCAGAUCUUAUUUAGGAGCUUCAUAGCAAAGGGGGUGAAUACAUAUGCACACACCACUUUUCCGUUAUUCUAUAUACUUUUUAAUUUUUUGAAACAAGUUAUUUUUUUAAUUUCACUUCACCAAUUUGGACUAUUUUGUGGGUGUCCAUUACAUGAAAUCCAAAUAUAAAUCCAUUUAAAUGACAGGUUAUAAUGCAACAAAAUAGGAAAAACGCCAAGGGGGAUAAAUCCUUUUGCAAGGCACUGUAUGCCAAUGGGGGUUUUGAAUGAAUCAUUACCUUAGAAAGCGCUGUCCAUUUCAUUGUUAGGCUUUGAAACAACAUCCCCAACAACCAUGUUUUACACUGUUUCAACCUGCUGUUGAACUUCUUUCUUGAAAUUGAUCAUCACAGUGAGGUGAGCUUUAAAAGUAUGAUAGGCCUACUGUUUUGAUAAGCAUUUGAAGUGAUUUUCGAUUGUAUUUGCAUUGCUGUCAGAGGUAGAGGGUCAAUAGAGCUCUGAGUACCAGGCCUUUAGGAUCGGAUGGUAGUUGGCAAGUUAGGUACUGCCAAAGCAUGUCUAGAGUGCAGAAAAGGAGAUUACUGUGACUGAAGGUCACGUGGAAUUUGACUGCUGCCAUGACUCAUGACUGCCAGUGUGGCGGUAAUACGGUACAUCAAGAGAUGGGCUGAAGUGAGAAGGAAACUUCGAUGACGAAGAGCAGAAGAAGAGAAGGGCAGAGGAAGAAAGGAAAGGAAGGAAGGGAAGAGCAGAAGGAAGAAGCGAGAAGAGAAGAGAGAGAAAGAAGAACAGAAGCAGAGAAGACAGAAGAGAAGAGAAGGAAGAAAAGUUAAGACGGCAUAGAGAGAACCUUACUAUCUUCCUCCUUCAUCAUCCUUCACCGAAUCCUUCUUCUCCUCCUCCUCUCCUCCUCAUCCUCUCUCAUUCCUCCUUUCCUUCCUCCUCUCCUCUCCUUCCUCCUCUCCUUCCUCCUCUCCCACUGCAGGCUUCCAGAGAUCUAGUGUGUUUCCUGCAGCUGGAUCAUGUUAAUGUGUACUACGGACAGGACUACCGCAGCAAGUACAAGGCCCCCACAGACUACUGCCUGGCCCUCAAGGUGAGAACAACAGCCCAGCUAGUACCACAUUAACUUCCACCUAACUCUAACCCCACAGAGUAAUGACCCUAACCCCACAGAGUAAUGACCCUAACCCCACAGAGUAAUGACCCUAACCCCACAGAGUAAUGACCCUAACCCCACAGAGUAAUGACCCUAACCCCACAGAGUAAUGACCCUAACCCCACAGAGUAAUGACCCUAACCCCACAGAGUAAUGACCCUAACCCCACAGAGUAAUGACCCUAACCCCACAGAGUAAUGACUCUAACCCCACAGAGUAAUGACCCUAACCCCACAGAGUAAUGACCCUAACCCCACAGAUCAACCCCAUUACUAACACCUGAACACUACAGGAUCCCAAAUGUAAUCCUAUUCCGUAUAUCAGGGCUCUAUAUCAACCCUGUUCCUGGAGAGAUACCCUCCUGUAGGUUUUAACUCCAACCCUGUUCCCGGAGAGAUACCCUCCUGUAGGUUUUAACUCCAACCCUGUUCCCGGAGAGAUACCCUCCUGUAGGUUUUAACUCCAACCCUAUUCCCGGAGAGAUACCCUCCUGUAGGUUUUAACUCCAACCCUGUUCCUGGAGAGGAACCCUCCUGUAGGUUUUAACUCCAGCCCUGUUCCUGGAGAGAUACCCUCCUGUAGGUUUUAACUCCAACCCUGUUCCCGGAGAGAUACCCUCCUGUAGGUUUUAACUCCAACCCUGUUCCUGGAGAGAGAUACCCUCCUGUAGGUUUUAACUCCAACCCUAUUCCCGGAGAGAUACCCUCCUGUAGGUUUUAACUCCAACCCUGUUCCCGGAGAGAUACCCUCCUGUAGGUUUUAACUCCAACCCUGUUCCUGGAGAGGAACCCUCCUGUAGGUUUUAACUCCAGCCCUGUUCCUGGAGAGAUACCCUCCUGUAGGUUUUAACUCCAACCCUGUUCCUGGAGAUAUACCCUCCUGUAGGUUUAACUCCAACCCUGUUCCGGAGAGAUACCCUCCUGUAGGUUUUAACUCCAGCCAUGUCCUGGAGAGAUACCCUCCUGUAGGUUUUAACUCCAACCCUGUUCCCGGAGAGAUACCCUCCUGUAGGUUUUAACUCCAGCCCUGUUCCUGGAGAUAUACCCUCCUGUAGGGCCCAUCGGGAAUAGGGUGCCAUUUUGGAUGAUGCCCUCAACUCUAGUAACACACCUGACCUGUUGUCCCUAGACCAGUACCACCUGCAUACUACUUGUUGCUGCUGGUAACACCAGCCCUGCAUACUACUUGUUGCUGCUGGUAACACCAGCCCUACAUACUACUUGUUGCUGCUGGUAACACCGUUAGCCAGGUUUGUUUUUUAUUGUUGAAGAGGAUAGUGGCGACGCUGCUCGCUCCGAAAUACCUUGUCAGAUUCUUCACUUCCUGAAAGGGAGGAAAAUAGAUUUCUUAGUUUCCUUUUGUGCCUCGUCUUUCAAAACGUCACAGUCCCAGAUAAAAAAAAACUGAUUGGCAGCUUUAAAGAGGGGAGAGGAGGAGGGAGACUGGGGAGAUGAGUUGUUUUGGACCACUCUGAUUCCCUGUAGUGAUGGUGUUUGGGACAGAGUUGGGGAAGGAGAACGCAGUAAAGAGACAUUCUUUCUUUUGGCAGUACUCUUUCAAAUAAUAGAGGCUGACUGAUUCGUUUUUCUAUUCUGGUUUGACGGUAAUGUUUCCAUGUACUCCCUGAGGGGAUUAAUUGGGUACAGCAGAGGGAUUGAGGAUGUUGGAUCUCUACCUUCAGUCUGCCUGUCAGAGGAGAGAAGUACAGCCUUACAUCACCAUCUAGUGGCACAGUGUUUAAAACUACAGCGAUAUCAUCUCUGCAUUGCCUCACAUCUCUGGGGUUUUAGCCCAAUUCAUCUCAGUCAGGGCUGUAACUACUUAUGAGGACACCAAGGUCCGAACCUAGGUCAUCUUUUCUAAUAGAAAUUAAACAAUUUAAAAUAUAUAUAUUUUUACACAAUAAAGAAAGCUCAGAACGAUUAUAUUCUUGAUCUGACAUAGUUCUUAAUCGCGCCUGCCUCUUUGCGAAUGAGUGGAAUUAUGAAUAGUGUGUUUUUCUCAUUAUGUUCGCCUGCGUCCCCUGGUUUUGCCUUUUUAACAGCACGUUCACCACUCUCUCAAAAACCAAACUCUGCAUUCCACGGUAAGAACAUCAUACCAAAGGUCAAGCAUGGUGGUGGUGGUGUGAUGGAUUGGGGAUGCUUUGCUGCCUCAGGACCUGGACGACUUGCCUUAAUAGAAGGAACCAUGAAUUCUGCUCUGUAUCAGAUAAUUCUACAGGAGAAUGUCAGACCAUCCGUCUGUGAGCUGAAGCUGAAGCGCAGCUGGGUCAUGCAGCAAGAUAAUGAUCCAAAACACACAAUCAAGUCUACAUGAAAAUAGCUAAAAAGCAACAAAUUGGAAGGUUUGGAAUGGCCUAGUCAAAGUCCAGACCUAAUCCCAAUUGAGAUGUUGUGGCAGGACUUGAAACGAGCAGUUCAUGCUUGAAAACCCACACUUCACUGAGUUAAAGCAGUUCUGCAUGGAAGAGUGGGCCAAAAUUCCUCCACAGCGACGUGAGAGACUGAUCAACAACUACAGGAAGCAUUUGGUUGGAGUCAUUGCAGCUAAAGGUGGCACAACCAGUUAUUGAGUGUAAAGGGGGCAAUUACUUUUUCACACAGGGGCAUUGGGUGUUGCAUAACUUUGUUUAUGAAAUAAAUAUGUAAUUGUUGUGUUAUUUGUUCACUUAUGUUCCCUUUAUCUAAUAUUAGGUUUUGGUUGAAGAUCUGAUAACAUUCAGUAUCACAAAUAUGCAAAAGUGGAGAAAAUUAGAAGGGGGGCAAAUACUUUUUCAUAGCUGUGUGUGUGUGUAUAUACAGUGGGGGAAAAAAGUAUUUAGUCAGCCACCAAUUGUGCAAGUUCUCCCACUUAAAAAGAUGAGAGAGGCCUGUAAUUUUCAUCAUAGGUACACGUCAACUAUGACAAACAAAAUUUAAAAUCCAGAAAAUCACAUUGUAGGAUUUUUUAUGAAUUUAUUUGCAAAUUAUGGUGGAAAAUAAGUAUUUGGUCACCUACAAACAAGCAAGAUUUCUGGCUCUCACAGACCUGUAACUUCUUCUUUAAGAGGCUCCUCUGUCCUCCACUCGUUACCUGUAUUAAUGGCACCUGUUUAAACUUGUUAUCAGUAUAAAAGACACCUCUCCACAACCUCAAACAGUCACACUCCAAACUCCACUAUGGCCAAGACCAAAUAGCUGUCAAAUGACACCAGAAACAAAAUUGUAGACCUGCACCAGGCUGGGAAGACUGAAUCUGCAAUAGGUAAGCAGCUUGGUUUGAAGAAAUCAACUGUGGGAAGCAAUUAUUAGGAAAUGGAAGACAUACAAGACCACUGAUAAUCUCCCUCGAUCUGGGGCUCCACGCAAGAUCUCACCCCGUAGGGUCAAAAUGAUCACAAGAACGGUGAGCAAAAAUCCCAGAACCACACGGGGGGACCUAGUGAAUGACCUGCAGAGAGCUGGGACCAAAGUAACAAAGCCUACCAUCAGUAACACACUACGCCGCCAGGGACUCAAAUCCUGCAGUGCUAGACGUGUCCCCCUGCUUAAGCCAGUACAUGUUUUGGGGCUGUUUUUCUGCAAAGGGACCAGGACGACUGAUCCGUGUAAAGGAAAGAAUGAAUGGGGCCAUGUAUCGUGAGAUUUUGAGUGAAAACCUCCUUCCAUCAGCAAGGGCAUUGAAGAUGAAACGUGGCUGGGUCUUUCAGCAUGACAAUGAUCCCAAACACACCGCCCGGGCAACGAAGGAGUGGCUUCGUAAGAAGCAUUUCAAGGUCCUGUAGUGGCCUAGCCAAUCUCCAGAUCUCAACCCCAUAGAAAAUCUUUGGAGGGAGUUGAAAGUCCGUGUUGCCCAGCGACAGCCCCAAAACAUCACUGCUCUAGAGGAGAUCUGCAUGGAGGAAUGGGCCAAAAUACCAGCAACAGUGUGUGAAAACCUUGUGAAGACUUACAGAAAACGUUUGACCUGUGUCAUUGCCAACAAAGGGUAUAUAACAAAGUAUUGAGAAACUUUUGUUAUUGACCAAAUACUUAUUUUCCACCAUAAUUUGCAAAUAAAUAAAUUAAAAAUCCUACAAUGUGAUUUUCUGGAUUUUUUUCCCUCAUUUUGUCUGUCAUAGUUGACGUGUACCUAUGAUGAAAAUUACAGGCCUCUCUCAUCUUUUUAAGUGGGAGAACUUGCACAAUUGGUGGCUGACUAAAUUAUUUUUCCCCCCACUGUAUAUAUAUAUAUGCGAGGAAAAAAACAUAUGGGGGAUUGGAAGUGAUGCAGACAAUUACAUUGAUGGAAGUUACAAUCUUUCUGCAAUAUUAAAGAUGAUCUACCCCUUAAUUUUUUUUUUUAUUCAUUUGUUUUUAAACAUUUUGGGGAAGGUCCUUUCCUGUUUCAGUAUGACAAUGCCCCCGUGCACAAAGCGAGGUCCAUACAGAAAUGCUUUGUUGAGAUCGGUGUGGAAGAACUUGGCUGGCCUGCACAGAGCCCUGACCUCAACCCCAUCGAACACCUUUGGGAUGAAUUGGAACGGCGACUGCGAGCCAGGCCUAAUCGCCCAACAUCAGUGCCCGACCUCACUAAUAUUCUUGUGGCUGAACGGAAGCAAGUCCCCGCAGCAAUGUUCCAACAUCUAGUGGAAAGCCUUCCCAGAAGAGUGGAGGCUGUUAUAGCAGCAAUGUUCCAACAUCUAGUGGAAAGCAAGUUUUUCCAGCAGCAGAUUAUGAUCAAUAAUGUCAAAAGCAGCGCUGAAGCCUAACAAAACAGCCCCCACAAUCUUUUUAUUAUCAAUUUCUCUCAGCCAAUCAUCAGUCAUUUGUGUAAGUGCCGUACAUGUUGAAUUCCCUUCCCUAUAAGCGUGCUGAAAAUCUGUUGUUCAUUUGUUUAUUGUGAAAUGGCAUCUGGUCAAACUAAGGGUUGCAGGCUGAUUGGUCGGCUAUUUGAACCAGUAAAGGGUGCUUUGUUAUUCUUGGGUAGCGGAAUGACUUUUGCUUCCCUCCAGGCCUGAGGGCACACACUUUCCUGUAGGCUUAGAGAGAAGAGAUGGCAAAUAGGAGUGGCAAUAUUGUCCGCUAUCAUCCAGAGUAAUUUUUCAUCCAAUUUGUCAGACCCAGGUGGCUUGUCAUUGUUGAUAGACAACAAUAAUUUUUCCACCUCUUCCACACUCACUUUACGUAAUUCAAAAUUACAAUGCUUGUCUUUCAUAAUUUGGUCAUUUAUGUGUGGAUGUGUAGGUUCCAAAUCUGUUGUUGGCUUUAUAUAAUUUAUCUUUGUUUCAUAGUAUAGUUUAUUCUUUUUGUUUAGUUUAUUCACGUGAUUUCUCAAUUCACAGUACGUUAAUCGGCUGUGCAGCCAGACUUACAGUAUUUGCAGUUCCUUUGGCCUCUCCUCUCAACCGUACAAUUUUUCAAUUCCUCAUCAAGCUGCGGGGAUUUAACCGUUUUUACUGUCAUUUUCUUAUGGGUGCAUGCUUAUUAGUAACUGGAAUAAACCAUUUCAUAAAUGUGUCAAGUGCAGCGUCUGGUUGCUCCUCAUUACACACUAACCAGCAAAUAUUCAUUACAUCUUCAAAAUAGGAAUCACUACUAAACGUAUUGUAUGACCUCUUAUACACUAUAUUAGGCCCAGCCUUUGGAACUUUGGUUUUCCUAGAUAUGGCUACUAUAUUAUGAUCCGAUGGCUGUUUAUGUUUAGAGUCAUAUUAACAUGCAGAUUUCUGCAGCAUUAGUAAAGAUGUGAAAGAUACAUGCGGAUGAUUUCAUUCCUGUUCUGUUUGUAACUACCCUGGUAGGUUGACUGAUAACCUGAACCAGGUUGCAAGCACUGGUUACAGUUUGAAGCUUUUUCUUGAGUGGGCAGCUUGAUUUGAUUUGAUGAAAGCCAGUCAAUAUUUAAAUCACCCAGAAAGUAUACCUCUCUGUUGAUAUCACAUACAUUAUCAAGCAUUUCACACAUGUUAUCCAGAUACUGACUGUUAGCACUUGGUGGUCUAUAGCAGCUUCCCACCAGAAUGGGCUUUAGGUAAGGCAGAUGAACCUGUAGCCAUAUUACUUCAACAGUAUUUAACAUGAGAUCCUCUCUAAGCUUGACAGGAAUAUGUCUCUGAACAUAAACAGCCACACCUCCACCAUUGGCAUAUCUGUCUUUUCUGAAGAUGGUGAAACCAUGUAUUGCUACCACUGUAUCAUCAAAUGUAUUAUCUAAGUGAGUUUCAGAGAUAGUCAGUAUAUUAAUGUUAUCUGUUACAAGCAAGUUAUCAAUGUCAUGAACCUUGUUUCUAGGCUACUGUUAAUGUGGGCUAUUUUUUAGCACUUUUCUGGGAUUCUUCAUUGUUUUUAUUUCUUUACUUGGGAGCCUUAUCAGAGGUAGAAAUGACAGUGAUAUUUAUGUUUUAGCUGAUAGUGCAGGGUGAGCUGCACACAGUGGACUUCCUAUUAGGGCAAACCGCCUCAGUGCUAACAGUAUAACUCAGGUUCAUAGGCGAUGAGUAAGAGGGAUAUACAUUAGGUUACUGACAUUGACUGCCAAUGCCCCUGGGACAAUGUACAUUUGCAGCAGCCCUACAAACUUAGCGACACAAUGGUGGCCGGGGACUUUAAUGCAGGGAAACUUAAAUCCGUUUUACCUAAUUUCUACCAGCAUGUUAAAUGUGCAACCAGAGGAAAAAAAACUCUAGACCACCUUUACUCCACACACAGAGACGCAUACAAAGCUCUCCCUCGCCCUCCAUUUGGCAAAUCUGACCAUAACUCUAUCCUCCUGAUUCCUGCUUAUAAGCAAAAACUAAAUCAGGAAGCACCAGUGACUCGGUUAAUAAAAAAGUGGUCAGAUGAUGCAGAUGCUAAGCUACAGGACUGUUUUGCUAGCACAGACUGGAAUAUGUUCAGGGAUUCUUCCGAAGGCAUUGAGGAGUUUACCACAUCAGUCACUGGCUUCAUCAAAAAGUGCAUCGAUGACGUCGUCCCCACAGUGACCGUACAUACAUACCCCAACCAGAAGCCAUGGAUUACAGGCAACAUCCGCACUGAGCUAAAGGGUAGAGCUGCCGCUUUCAAUGAGCGGGACUCUAACCCAGACGCUUAUAAGAAAUCCCUCUAUGCCCUCCGACGAACCAUCAAACAGGCAAAGAGUCAAUACAGGACUAAGAUUGAAUCGUACUACACUGGCUCUGACGCUCGUCGGAUAUGGCAGGGCUUGAAAACUAUUACGGAAUACAAAGGGAAGCACAGCCGCGAACUGCCCAGUGACACGAGCCUACCAGACAAGCUAAAUCACUUCUAUGCUCGCUUCGAGGCAAGCAACACUGAAGCAUGCAUGAGAGCAUCAGCUGUUCCGGACGACUGUGUGAUCACGCUCUCCGUAGCCGAUGUGAUUAAGACUUUUAAACAGGUCAACAUUCACAAAGCCGCAAGAGCCAGAACGAUUACCAGGACGUGUACUCCAAGCAUGCGCUAACCAACUGGCAAGUGUCUUCACUGACAUUUUCAACCUGUCCCUGACUGAGUCUGUAAUACCAACAUGUUUCAAGCAGACCCCCAUAGUCCCUGUGCCCAAGGACACUAAGAUAACCUGCCUAAAUGACUACCGACCCGUGGCACUGACGUCUGUAGCCAUGAAGUGCUUUGAAAGGCUGGUCAUGGCUCACAUCAACACCAUUAUCCCAGAAACCCUAGACCCACUCCAAUUUGCAUACCGCCCCAACAGAUCCACAGAUGAUGCAAUCUCUAUUGCACUCCACAGUGCCCUUUCCCACCUGGACAAAAGGAUUACUACGUGAGAAUGCUGUUCAUUGACUACAGCUCAGCGUUCAACACUAUAGUGCCCUCAAAGUUCAUCACUAAGCUAAGGACCCUGGGACUAAACACCUCCCUCUGCAACUGGAUCCUGGACUUCCUGACGGGCCUGCCCCCAGGUGGUAAGGGUAGGUAACAACACAUCUGCCAUGCUGAUCCUCAACACGGGGGCCCCUCAGGGGUGCGUGCUCAGUCCCCUCCUGUACUCUCUGUUCACCCAUGACUGCAUGGCCAAGCACGACUCCAACGACAUCAUUAAGUUUGCCGACGACACAACAGUGGUAGGUCUGAUCACCGACAACGAUGAGACAACCUAUAGGGAGGAGGUCAGAGACCUGGCUAUAUAAAUACUUAUUUUCCACCAUAAUUUGCAAAUAAAUUCAUUAAAAAUCCUACAAUGUGAUUUUCUGGAAAAAAAAUGCUCAAAUUUUCUGUCAUAGUUGACGUGUAUCUAUGAUGAAAAUUACAGGCCUCUCUCAUCUUUUUAAGUGGGAGAACUUGCACAAUUGGUGGCUGACUAAAUACUUUUUUCCCCUCACUGUAUAUAGCCUCCCUACUGUUAUUUCCCAUUGACUCUGUACCGGUACCCCCUGUAUAUAGCCUCUCUACUGUUAUUUCCCAUUGACUCUGUACCGGUACCCCCUGUAUAUAGCCUCGCUACUGUUAUUUCACAUUGACUCUGUACCGGUACCCCCUGUAUAUAGCCUCCCUACUGUUAUUUCACAUUGACUCUGUACCGGUACCCCCCUGUAUAUAGCCCUCCCUACUGUUAUUACACAUUGACUCUGUACCGGUACCCCCCCCUGUAUAUAGCCUCUCUACUGUUUAUUUCACAUUGACUCUGUACCGGUACCCACCCCCCCCUGUAUAUAGCCUCCCUACUGUUAUCUUCACAUUGACUCUGUACCGGUACCCCCCUGUAUAUAGCCUCCCUACUGUUAUUACACAUUGACUCUGUAACAGGUACCCCCCCUGUAUAUAGCCUCCCUACUGUUAUUUCCCAUUGACUCUGUACCGGUACCCCCUGUAUAUAGCCUCCUACUGUUAUUUCCCAUUGACUCUGUACCGGUACCCCCCCUUAUAUAGCCUCCCUACUGUUAUUUCCCAUUGACUCUGUACCGGUACCCCCCCUGUAUAUAGCCUCCCCUACUGUUAUUUCACAUUGACUCUGUACCGGUACCCCCCCUGUAUAUAGCCUCCCUACUGUUAUUUUCCCAUUGACUCUGUACCGGUACCCCCCUGUAUAUAGCCUCCCUACUGUUAUUUCCCAUUGACUCUGUACCGGUACCCCCCCUGUAUAUAGCCUCCCUACUGUUAUUUCCCAUUGACUCUGUACCGAACCCCCCCUGUAUAUAGCCUCCCUACUGUUAUUUCCCAUUGACCUGUACCGGUACCCCACCCCUGUAUAUAGCCUCCCUACUGUUAUUACACAUUGACUCUGUACCGGUACCCCCCCUGUAUAUAGCCUCCCUACUGUUAUUUUAUUUAUAGAGAGUGAAGGAGAGGAGAGAGAGGAGAGGAGAGGAGUGUAGGAAGGAAGUGAGGUUCUUAUGGCGUCGAGCGCGGGCUCUUUCUUUCUUUUUCUUUUUCUUUUCCUAUUUUUUUACUUAACACGUAUUUUUCUUAAAACUGCGUUGUUGGUUAAGGGCUUGUAAGUAAGCAUUUCACUGUAAGGUCCUACACCUGUUGUAUUCGGCGCAUGUGAAACGCAUGUUACAUCUUCGGCCGUUGUAGGAAAGAUGCAUCGUUAAAAAACUUGUGAGCAUAUGUUCCAUCGCUAUCGGGAAACCGUGCCCAGAUCUCGGAUAACCAAGAGCUAAAACCUUGCAUAAUUUGGUCAGCAGAAUCUGUCCACGAGAGAUUAUAGCCCAAUAAAGACACAAAUGAGAGAAAUCCGAACAUGUUAUUGUAUCUAUGGUGUCAUGCGUCAUUACCACUGAAUGUCUGUUUAAACAGUUGGGAUGCAUCAUUAACAUGGCCUACUGUCUUGUUUGUUUUAGCACCCUCAGAUCCAGAAGAAAUCCCAGUACAUCAAGUACCUGUGUUGUGAUGAUGUCAGAACACUACACCAGUGGAUCAACGGGAUACGCAUCGCCAAGGUAACGUUACGUUGCCUCAGCAACAACUUAAUGAGAGCGAGUAAUGGAAAGCAGAACCAUAGUCUUGGUGCUCACAGGAACACCUCAAUGGCCAAACGUGAUGUGUUUGGCUCUGACUGAAAGAUGUGGGAACAUCUGAUAAAGCUGGGGUGUAUUCACUAUUAACCAAACAGAAGCAACCGGAACAAAACACCAGGAACCUACCUGAAUUUGUUCAAUAUAAACCCUAGUUUUCGUUGCAGAACGUUUUACGCUUGGAGUGAACAUUUUCCGAUGCAAACCAUUUUGCUAUGUUGCAAACCGACUAAUGAAUACACCCCUGAUGUCUGUUGACUAAUGAAUACACCCCUGAUGUCUGUUGACUGACUAAUGAAUACACCCCUGAUGUCUGUUGACUGACUAAUGAAUACACCCCUGAUGUCUGUUGACUGACUAAUGAAUACACCCCUGAUGUCUGUUGACUAAUGAAUACACCCCUGAUGUCUGUUGACUGACUAAUGAAUACACCCCUGAUGUCUGUUGACUGACUAAUGAAUACACCCCUGAUGUCUGUUGACUAAUGAAUACACCCUGGUGUCUGUUGACCUGACUAAUGAAUACACCCCUGAUGUCUGUUGACUGACUAAUGAAUACACCCCUGAUGUCUGUUGACUAAUGAAUCCAACCCCUGAUGUCUGUUGACUGACUAAUGAAUACACCCCUGAUGUCUGUUUGACUAAUGAAUACACCCCUGAUGUCUGUUGACUGACUAAUGAAUACACCCCUGAUGUCUGUUGAACUAAUGAAUACACCCCUGAUGUCUGUUGACUAAUGAAUACACCCCUGAUGGUCUGUUGACUAAUGAAUACACCCCUGAUGGUCUGUUGACUGACUAAUGAAUACAACCCCCUGAUGUCCUGUUGACUGACUAAUGAAUACACCCCUGAUGUCUGUUGACUGACUAAUGAACACACCCCUGAUGUCUGUUGACUACUGAAUACACCCCUGAUGUCUGUUUGACUGACUAAUAAACACACCCCUGAUGUCUGUUGACUGACUAAUGAAUACACCCCUGAUGUCUGUUGACUGACUAAUGAAUACACCCCUGAUGUCUGUUGACUGACUAAUGAAUACACCCCUGAUGUCUGUUGACUAAUGAAUAACACCCCUGAUGUCUGUUGACUGACUAAUGAAUACAACCCCUGAUGUCUGUUGACUGACUAAUGAAUACACCCCCUGAUGUCUGUUGACUGACUAAUGAAUACACCCCCUGAUGUCUGUUGACUGACUAAUGAAUACACCCCUGAUGUCUGUUGACUGACUAAUGAAUACACCCCUGAUGUCUGUUGACUGACUAAUGAAUACACGCCUGAUGUCUGUUGACUAAUGAAUACACCCCUGGUGUCUGUUGACUGACUAAUGAAUACACCCCUGAUGUCUGUUGACUGACUAAUGAAUACACCCCUGAUGUCUGUUGACUAAUGAAUACAACCCCUGGUGUCCUGUUGACUGACUAAUGAAUACACUCCUGAUGUCUGUUGACUAAUGAAUACACCCCUGAUGUCUGUUGACUAAUGAAUACACCCCUGAUGUCUGUUGACUGACUAAUGAAUACACCCCUGAUGUCUGUUGACUGACUAAUGAAUACACCCCUGGUGUCUGUUGACUGACUAAUGAAUACACCCCUGAUGUCUGUUGACUGACUAAUGAAUACACCCCUGAUGUCUGUUGACUGACUAAUGAAUACACCCCUGGUGUCUGUUGACUGACUAAUGAAUACACCCCUGAUGUCUGUUGACUGACUAAUGAAUACACCCCUGAUGUCUGUUGACUGACUAAUGAAUACACCCCUGAUGUCUGUUGACUAAUGAAUACACCCCCUGAUGUCUGUUGACUGACUAAUGAAUAAACCCCUGAUGUCUGUUGACUGACUAAUGAAUACACCCCUGAUGUCUGUUGACUAAUGAAUACACCCCUGAUGUCUGUUGACUAAUGAAUACACCCCUGAUGUCUGUUGACUAAUGAAUACACCCCUGAUGUAUGUUGACUAAUGAAUACACCCCUGAUGUCUGUUGACUGACUAAUGAACACACCCCUGAUGUCUGUUGACUGACUAAUGAAUAAACCCCUGAUGUCUGUUGACUGACUAAUGAAUACACCCCUGAUGUCUGUUGACUAAUGAAUACACCCCUGAUGUCUGUUGACUGACUAAUGAAUACACCCCUGAUGUCUGUUGACUGACUAAUGAAUACACCCCUGAUGUCUGUUGACUAAUGAAUACACCCCCUGAUGUCUGUUGACUAAUGAAUACACCCCUGAUGUCUGUUGACUGACUAAUGAAUACACCCCUGAUGUCUGUUGACUGACUAAUGAAUACACCCCUGAUGUCUGUUGACUAAUGAAUACACCCCUGAUGUCUGUUGACUGACUAAUGAAUAAACCCCUGAUGUCUGUUGACUGACUAAUGAAUACAACCCCUGAUGUCUGUUGACUGACUAAUGAAUACACCCCUGAUGUUGUACACAACACCCCUGGUGUCUGUUGACUGACUAAUGAAUACACCCCUGAUGUCUGUUGACUGACUAAUGAAUACACCCCUGAUGUCUGUUGACUGACUCAUGAAUACACCCCUGGUGUCUGUUGACUGACUAAUGAAUACACCCCUGAUGUCUGUUGACUGACUAAUGAAUACACCCCUGAUGUCUGUUGACUGACUAAUGAAUACACCCCUGAUGUCUGUUGACUAAUGAAUACACCCCUGAUGUCUGUUGACUGACUAAUGAAUAAACCCCUGAUGUCUGUUGACUGACUAAUGAAUACACCCCUGAUGUCUGUUGACUGACUAAUGAAAUACACCCUGAUGUCUGUUGACUGACUAAUGAAUACACCCCUGGUGUCUGUUGACUGACUAAUGAAUACACCCCUGAUGUCUGUUGACUGACUAAUGAAUACACCCCUGGUGUCUGUUGACUGACUAAUGAAUACACCCCUGAUGUCUGUUGACUGACUAAUGAAUACACCCCUGAUGUCUGUUGACUGACUAAUGAAUACACCCCUGAUGUCUGUUGACUAAUGAAUACACCCCUGAUGUCUGUUGACUGACUAAUAAUAAACCCCUGAUGUCUGUUUGACUGACUAAUGAAUACACCCCUGAUGUCUGUUGACUAAUGAAUACACCCCUGAUGUCUGUUGACUAAUGAAUACACCCCUGAUGUCUGUUGACUAAUGAAUACACCCCUGAUGUAUGUUGACUAAUGAUACACCCCUGAUGUCUGUUGACUGACUAAUGAACACACCCCCUGAUGUCUGUUGACUGACUAAUGAAUACACCCCUGAUGUCUGUUGACUAAUGAAUACACCCCUGAUGUCUGUUGACUGACUAAUGAAUACACCCCUGAUGUCUGUUGACUGACUAAUGAAUACACCCCUGAUGUCUGUUGACUAAUGAAUACACCCCUGAUGUCUGUUGACUGACUAAUGAAUAAACCCCUGAUGUCUGUUGACUGACUAAUGAAUACACCCCUGAGUCUGUUGACUGACUAAUGAAAUACAACCCCUGAUGUCUGUUGACUGACUAAUGAAUACACCCCUGGUGUCUGAUGACUGACUAAUGAAUACACCCCUGAUGUCUGUUGACUGACUAAUGAAUACACCCCUGAUGUCUGUUGACUGACUCAUGAAUACAACCCCUGGUGUCUGUUGACUGACUAAUGAAUACACCCCUGAUGUCUGUUGACUGACUAAUGAAUACAACCCCCUGAUGUCUGUUGACUGACUAAUGAAUACACCCCUGAUGUCUGUUGACUGACUAAUGAAUACACCCCUGAUGUCUGUUGACUGACUAAUGAAUACACCCCUGAUGUCUGUUGACUAAUGAAUACACCCCUGAUGUCUGUUGACUGACUAAUGAAUAAACCCCUGAUGUCUGUUGACUGACUAAUGAAUACACCCCUGAUGUCUGUUGACUAAUGAAUACACCCCUGAUGUCUGUUGACUGACUAAUGAAUACACCCCUGAUGUAUGUUGACUAAUGAAUACACCCCUGAUGUAUGUUUACUAAUGAAUACACCCCUGAUGUCUGUUGACUGACUAAUGAACACACCCCUGAUGUCUGUUGACUGACUAAUGAAUACACCCCUGAUGUCUGUUGACUAAUGAAUACACCCCUGAUGUCUGUUGACUAAUGAAUACACCCCUGAUGUCUGUUGACUGACUAAUGAAUACACCCCUGAUGUCUGUUGACUGACUAAUGAAUACACCCCUGAUGUCUGUUGACUAAUGAAUACAACCCCUGAUGUCUGUUGACUGACUAAUGAAUAAACCCCUGAUGUCUGUUGACUGACUAAUGAAUACACCCCUGAUGUCUGUUGACUGACUAAUGAAUACACCCCUGAUGUCUGUUGACUGACUAAUGAAUACACCCCCUGGUGUCUGUUGACUGACUAAUGAAUACACCCCUGAUGUCUGUUGACUGACUAAUGAAUACACCCCUGAUGUCCUGUUGACUGACUAAUGAAUAAACCCCUGAUGUCUGUUGACUGACUAAUGAAUACACCCCUGAUGUCUGUUGACUGACUAAUGAAUACACCCCUGAUGUCUGUUGACUGACUAAUGAAUACACCCCCUGGUGUCUGUUGACUGACUAAUGAAUACACCCCUGAUGUCUGUUGACUGACUAAUGAAUACACCCCUGGUGUCUGUUGACUGACUAAUGAAUACACCCCUGAUGUCUGUUGACUGACUAAUGAAUACACCCCUGAUGUCUGUUGACUGACUAAUGAAUACACCCCUGAUGUCUGUUGACUAAUGAAUACACCCCUGAUGUCUGUUGACUGACUAAUGAAUAAACCCCUGAUGUCUGUUGACUGACUAAUGAAUACACCCCUGAUGUCUGUUGACUAAUGAAUACACCCCUGAUGUCUGUUGACUAAUGAAUACACCCCUGAUGUCUGUUGACUAAUGAAUACACCCCUGAUGUAUGUUGACUAAUGAAUACACCCCUGAUGUCUGUUGACUGACUAAUGAACACACCCUGAUGUCUGUUGACUGACUAAUGAAUAAACCCCUGAUGUCUGUUGACUGACUAAUGAAUACACCCCUGAUGUCUGUUGACUAAUGAAUACAACCCCUGAUGUCUGUUGACUGACUAAUGAAUACACCCCUGAUGUCUGUUGACUGACUAAUGAAUACACCCCUGAUGUCUGUUGACUAAUGACAUACACCCCUGAUGUCUGUUGACUAAUGAAUACACCCCUGAUGUCUGUUGACUGACUAAUGAAUACACCCCCUGAUGUCUGUUGACUGACUAAUGAAUACACCCCUGAUGUCUGUUGACUAAUGAAUACACCCCUGAUGUCUGUUGACUGACUAAUGAAUAAACCCCUGAUGUCUGUUGACUGACUAAUGAAUACACCCCUGAUGUCUGUUGACUGACUAAUGAAUACACCCCUGAUGUCUGUUGACUGACUAAUGAAUACACCCCUGGUGGUCUGUUGACUGACUAAUGAAUACACCCCUGAUGUCUGUUGACUGACUAAUGAAUACACCCCUGAUGUCUGUUGACUGACUCAUGAAUACACCCCUGGUGUCUGUUGACUGACUAAUGAAUACACCCCUGAUGUCUGUUGACUGACUAAUGAAUACACCCCUGAUGUCUGUUGACUGACUAAUGAAUACACCCCUGAUGUCUGUUGACUAAUGAAUACACCCCUGAUGUCUGUUGACUGACUAAUGAAUAAACCCCUGAUGUCUGUUGACUGACUAAUGAAUACACCCCUGAUGUCUGUUGACUGACUAAUGAAUACACCCCUGAUGUCUGUUGACUGACUAAUGAAUACACCCCUGGUGUCUGUUGACUGACUAAUGAAUACACCCCUGAUGUCUGUUGACUGACUAAUGAAUACACCCCUGGUGUCUGUUGACUGACUAAUGAAUACACCCCUGAUGUCUGUUUGACUGACUAAUGAAUACACCCCUGAUGUCUGUUGACUGACUAAUGAAUACACCCCUGAUGUCUGUUGACUAAUGAAUACACCCCUGAUGUCUGUUGACUGACUAAUGAAUAAACCCCUGAUGUCUGUUGACUGACUAAUGAAUACACCCCUGAUGUCUGUUGACUAAUGAAUACACCCCUGAUGUCUGUUGACUAAUGAAUACACCCCUGAUGUCUGUUGACUAAUGAAUACACCCCUGAUGUAUGUUGACUAAUGAAUACACCCCUGAUGUCUGUUGACUGACUAAUGAACACACCCCUGAUGUCUGUUGACUGACUAAUGAAUACACCCCUGAUGUCUGUUGACUAAUGAAUACACCCCUGAUGUCUGUUGACUAAUGAAUACACCCCUGAUGUCUGUUGACUGACUAAUGAAUACACCCCUGAUGUCUGUUUGACUGACUAAUGAAUUCACACCCCUGAUGUCUGGUUGACUACUAAUGAAUACACCCCUGAUGUCUGUUGACUGACUAAUGAAUAACCCCUGAUGUCUGUUGACUGACUAAUGAAUACACCCCUGAUGUCUGUUGACUGACUAAUGAAUACACCCCUGGUGUCUGUUGACUGACUAAUGAAUACACCCCUGGAUGUCUGUUGACUGACUAAUGAAUACACCCCUGAUGUCUGUUGACUGACUAAUGAAUACACCCCUGAUGUCUGUUGACUGACUCAUGAAUACACCCCUGGUGUCUGUUGACUGACUAAUGAAUACACCCCUGAUGUCUGUUGACUGACUAAUGAAUACACCCCUGAUGUCUGUUGACUGACUAAUGAAUACACCCCUGAUGUCUGUUGACUGACUAAUGAAUACACCCCUGAUGUCUGUUGACUGACUAAUGAAUACACCCCUGAUGUCUGUUGACUAAUGAAUACACCCCUGAUGUCUGUUGACUGACUAAUGAAUAAACCCCUGAUGUCUGUUGACUGACUAAUGAAUACACCCCUGAUGUCUGUUGACUAAUGAAUACACCCCUGAUGUCUGUUGACUGACUAAUGAAUACACCCCUGAUGUAUGUUGACUAAUGAAUACACCCCUGAUGUCUGUUGACUGACUAAUGAAUACACCCCUGAUGUAUGUUUACUAAUGAAUACACCCCUGAUGUCUGUUGACUGACUAAUGAACACACCCCUGAUGUCUGUUGACUGACUAAUGAAUACACCCCUGAUGUCUGUUGACUAAUGAAUACACCCCUGAUGUCUGUUGACUAAUGAAUACACCCCUGAUGUCUGUUGACUGACUAAUGAAUACACCCCUGAUGUCUGUUUGACUGACUAAUGAAUACACCCCUGAUGUCUGUUGACUAAUGAAUACACCCCUGAUGUCUGUUGACUGACUAAUGAAUAAACCCCUGAUGUCUGUUGACUGACUAAUGAAUACACCCCUGAUGUCUGUUGACUGACUAAUGAAUACACCCCUGAUGUCUGUUGACUGACUAAUGAAUACACCCCUGGUGUCUGUUGACUGACUAAUGAAUACACCCCUGAUGUCUGUUGACUGACUAAUGAAUACACCCCUGAUGUCUGUUGACUGACUCAUGAAUACACCCCCUGGUGUCUGUUGACUGACUAAUGGAAUACACCCCUGAUGUCUGUUGACUGACUAAUGAAUACACCCCUGAUGUCUGUUGACUGACUAAUGAAUACACCCCUGAUGUCUGUUGACUAAUGAAUACCACCCCUGAUGUCUGUUGACGACUAAUGAAUAAACCCCUGAUGUCUGUUGGACUGACUAAUGAAUACACCCCUGGAUUCUGUUGACUGACUAAUGAAUACACCCCUGAUGUCUGUUGACUGACUAAUGAAUACACCCCUGGUGUCUGUUGACUGACUAAUGAAUACACCCCUGAUGUCUGUUGACUGACUAAAUGAACUACACCCCUGGUGUCUGUUUGACUGACUAAUGAAUACACCCCUGAUGUCUGUUUGACUGACUAAUGAAUACACCCCUGAUGUCUGUUGACUGACUAAUGAAUACACCCCUGAUGUCUGUUGACUGACUAAUGAAUACACCCCUGAUGUCUGUUGACUAAUGAAUAAACCCCUGAUGUCUGUUGACUGACUAAUGAAUACACCCCUGAUGUCUGUUGACUGACUAAUGAAUACACCCCUGAUGUCUGUUGACUAAUGAAUACACCCCUGAUGUCUGUUGACCGAUGUCUCUCUGUGUCCCCAGUAUGGGAAGACCCUGUAAAUACACCCCUGAUGUCUGUUGACCGAUGUCUCUCUGUGUCCCCAGUAUGGGAAGACCCUGUAUGUGAACUACCAGGAGGCUAUGAAGAGGACUGAGGCAGCCUACGACUGGUCCUCUCUCUCUAGCUCCUCUAUCAAGUCUGGAUCCAGCUCCUCCAGCCUGCCUGGUGAGUGGUGGUGGACACACAACACAACACAACACACAUGCGCACUCAGUCAUUUCAGGAAGAACAAUUCCAGGAAUUUCAGUUUACUUCCUGGAAUGACUGAAUUGAAAUUGAUUAGACCCAAACCCUGCAGCAGUUACCACGUACUUAGCCACAGUACAGUAUUUAUAGGAUUUGUACUUGCGUGGCCUCCUGAGUGGCGCAGCGGUCUAAGGCACUGCAUCGCAGUGUUGCGCCGUCACUACAGUCUGGGGUUCGAUCCCAGGCUGUGUUAUUACCGGCCGUGACCGGGAGUCCCAUAGGGCAGCGCACAAUUUGCCCAGCGUCGUCCGGGUUAUGGGAGGGCUUUACAUGGCUCAUCGCGCUCUAGCGACUCCUUGUGGCGGACCGGGGCACCUGCAGGCUGACUUCGGUCGUCAGUUGAACAGUGUUUCCUCCGACACAUGGGUGUGGCUGGCUUCCGGGUUAAGCUCUAUCUCUCUCUCUCCUGUCUAUCUCUCCCUCUCCUCUCUCUCUCUCUCUCCUGUCUAUCUCUCCCUCUCCUCUCUAUCUCUCCCUCUCCUCUCUCUCUUCUCUCUAUAUCUCUCUCUUCUCUCUCUCCCUCCUCUCUCUCUCUCUCUCCCCUCCCUCCCUCCCUCCCUCUCUCCAGAAUCCCAGUCGAACCACUCCAGUAGUGAUAGUGGUGUUGCUGUGUCAGAGAGCAACCUGUCAGGCCACACCCGCUCUCAGAGCCAGGUCAGCUCCAUCUUCUCCGAGGCCUGGAAGAGAGGCACCCAGGAUGACUCUAAGGUACCACGUCACCUCCUCCUGUACUCACACCCUCACCUUACCCUAUCACCUGUCUCUAUUGACCUGCCUCAGUAUUCCUCACCUUACCCUAGCACCUGUCUCUGUAUUGACCUGCCUCAGUAUUCCUCACCUUACCCUAUCACCUGUCUCUGUUGACCUGCCUCAGUAUUCCUCACCUUACCCUAUCACCUGUCUCUGUAUUGACCUGCCUCAGUUUUACCCCAGGAGUGUGACUGACAUUCUGUCAUGCCCGAUUCCCACUAUAGGGUCAAACCGAGUCAAGCCAAGCUAUAUUGGGUUACACAUCCACCAUAGUUGCUGGAAGGAAAAUGUGAAAAAUAAAAUAUCAUAGCCAGCACUGUAUGGUUCGGGGUCGACCCUAUAAUGUGAAUGGGGCAUCAGUGUUGCAGUGUCCGACGCGGACUCCGUCCUUUCAUGGUCCAGUCCAGGGGUGACUGACUGUGCCUGUUGUCUCUCCCCUCCACUGUUCUCCCCAGGAGAGGAAGGUCAAGUCAGUCAAGUUUCAUACCGUGCCCCUGUGUACUGGAGGGACUGAGGUUUGA